UCUUUGUUGCAUUUGCAACUUCUCUUUCUGGCCACCUAUUCUAUACAUGCGCCUAACCUUAUUAAUUUUCUUUUCUGUUUCGCUACGUACGCCCGCAAUCCUUGAAAAGCCUAGCCUCUCUCUCUCACUGGCCCUCUUCAUACGACAUCGACUCAGAACACCUGAGAAACGCUAACCAUGGCUUCUCCCUCCGACCAAGAUAUCCGGCGACCUCUACUCCAUCCACCUUCCGACCACGCUUCUCCACCCUUGCUGUCCCCGUCUCCCAAAACAAGCCACGAAUCCAGCGGCGAACUCGAGAGAAUACUCACCGACACCACCCGCCCCUUCCUCCGCCGCCUCGGCCCGGCCUUGUUGAUGGAGUCCCGCCUCCUCUUCCACCUCGCCGGACCCGCCGUCAUCGUCUACAUGAUCAACUACCUCAUGUCCAUGUCAACUCAGAUCGUCUCCGGCCACCUCGGCAACCUCGAACUCGCCGCCUCCUCCCUCGGCAACAACGGCGUCCAAAUCUUCGCUUAUGGUCUAAUGUUAGGAAUGGGGAGUGCUGUGGAGACACUGUGCGGACAAGCCUACGGAGCGCAAAAGUACGGAAUGCUGGGGAUAUAUCUACAGCGGUCAACGAUACUUCUAACGUUGACCGGAAUCCUUCUAACGGUCGUCUACAUCUUCUCAAAGCCGAUUCUUCUAUUCCUCGGCGAGUCGGAGAAGAUCGCGUCGGCGGCGGCGCUGUUCAUCUACGGGCUAAUCCCGCAGAUAUUCGCGUACGCCUUGAACUUCCCAAUCCAGAAGUUUCUCCAGUCGCAGAGCAUCGUGGUGCCGAGUGCCGUCAUAUCGGCGGCGACGCUGGUGGUGCACAUAUUCGUGAGUUGGGCGGCGGUGUACCGGAUCGGGAUGGGCCUGCUGGGGGCGUCGCUGGUGCUGAGCUUGUCGUGGUGGAUCAUCGUGGCGGCCCAGUUCGUGUACAUAGUGAAGAGCGAGAGGUGUAGGAAGACAUGGGCCGGGUUCAGCUCCCAAGCCUUUUCAGACUUGGGCGGCUUCUUUAGGCUCUCGGCGGCGUCGGCCGUUAUGCUGUGUUUGGAGACGUGGUAUUUUCAGAUUCUGGUCCUGCUUUCCGGCUUGCUGGAGAACCCAGAGUUGGCUCUCGAUUCUCUCUCUAUUUGCACAACUAUUUCCGGAUGGGUGUUGAUGAUCUCAAUCGGGUUAAAUGCAGCAGCGAGCGUAAGAGUGAGCAACGAGCUAGGAGCUGGACACCCAAAAUCAACUGCGUUUUCUGUGGUGGUGGUGACUGUCAUAUCUUUCGUCAUCUCGGUGAUUUCUGCGAUUGUUGUGCUUUUUUUGCGUGAUGUCAUUAGCUACGCCUUCACGGAGGGUGAAGUUGUGGCGGCCGCAGUUUCUGAUCUUUGUCCACUCCUUGCUCUCACUCUCCUCCUUAAUGGAGUUCAGCCCGUCUUAUCAGGGGUCGCUGUUGGGUGUGGAUGGCAAACUUUGGUUGCGUACAUAAACGUAGGUUGUUACUACGCGGUCGGUGUUCCAUUGGGUUCUCUUCUAGGAUUUUACUUCAAACUCGGUGUAAAGGGGAUAUGGUUGGGAAUGAUUGGAGGCACUGUGAUGCAAACACUCAUCCUGUUUUGGAUCACUUUUCGGACGGACUGGAAUAAAGAGGUGGAAGAAGCAACUAAAAGGUUGAGUAAAUGGGAUGCGUCGAAGGAACCAAUUUUGAAGAACUGACGAGAAGAAGAUAUUGUAGCAUUAGUUUUGAAGUUCCGAUAACAUUAAAAUUCUUUUCUCACUAGUAAUCUCCGCAUGUAAUGACAAGGGUAUGGGGUUCCAAUAAGUUUUUUGUUGUGAAAAA